AUGAUGAACGGCUCCGCCAACGGUUCGUCGCCGCCCGCAGGCAUCAGCGGUGAAGUAUACUUCCGCCCGCUGCCCUAUUUGGACGAGAAGUGGGUUAAGGCGGAUGUGGGCAGUGCGCUGCGAAAUGCGGAAGACUUGGCCAACCUCUGGAACCACCUCAUCCAGGAUGAAGAAAUUAGCACGGAACGAGCGCAUACGGCUGUGAACGCGAAUGGGGAUGUUGCCUAUUCGCGUUCCGAUGGACGAUACUACUGUGGAGUGGAAAAUCUAAGCUGCUCCUGCUGCAAAGGGAUUUGCGGGGCAAACACGCACUGCAUCUGCUCCGGUUGCCAAUCGUUGGAUGUUGAAGGGGAGUCACCUGGAGGAGGAGGAGGAGGAGCUGCAGGCAACGGAUAUGGACAAUCGAGGAAAGGUCAAGCACAGAACCACACACAAUCAACCGAACCGUCAUCGGGCAGCGCAAGUUCGGUCCAGCUAGACUCUUGGCUUUGGAGCCCCGUCCCUGGAACGGAGGAGAAAAAAGGAUGCAUUAAGAAGCUGAUAGCCGAACAAAGGGAAAUUUGUCUGCAAGCAGCCGGUAACUGCCUCUCUGCGAAUCGCACGCGGCAAAUACUUUACGUGUACAGACGAUACUUCAUCGCGCUGCAGCGCUGCACACCGGAGGAACGAUCCGAGGAGAAGCAACAUUCCACCGACCUGAUCACUAGCGAGUGCGAUGCCGGAAAGCUUAGUAAAAAUUCAAGCCUCGAUCGGACGGUCGGUGGUUCAACGAAAGACUCGGAUAAGGCCACGUUCGGUUUGGCACGUGUUGGAACACGUGCAGCGUUGAAUUUUUCCUUCGCCUUUCUUCGACGUGCUUGGCGUUCGGGAGAAGAUAUUGAACUCUGCAGCGAGCUGCUCUCGGAGGCGCUGGAGGCAUUACAAAGCCUACCGGAAGCGUCCCUUUUCGAUACCUCCCACAUGUCAACCCUGUGGAUUGAGGUGGUUGAAAAAUCGAUCAAAUUUCUGCGCCAGGUGGUUUUGGGCGAUGUUAUGGGAGGUCGCUGUCUCGUUCCCAAGGCCGAUCGGCAUAUCGCCCUCAAUUUGCUACUGGAACUGGGUGCCCAGAAAGGUACGCUCGGAGGAUCACUCGAGGGUGUUUCACUGCUGCUCACCCUGCACGAAAAAGACCAACAAUCGGAUGACAAUCGAAGUCCACCGCAAAAUACGGGAGCCCCGCUAGUCCCGCUGCUGCACCGGUAUGAGCAGAUCGAAAGCUUCGGGUCCUUCAGUGGGUCCGACUCGUUCCACUUCGGGCCGACGGAAUCUUUCCUUCGCUUUCUGACGCUGCCCGAGAAUGAAACCACCUGCGUCGACCUGAAACAAGCGGCCGUCAUCAUCAUAAGCCACCUGGAUCGGCUCGCCAAGCCCCACCUGCCGGCCGGGAACUACUCCACCAAGGUGAUCCCAAGCAAGUCCAACUCGCAGAAAAUAUUCACCCUCGGCUGGAGCGCCUGUUCGCCGGAGGUGUACGGCUUUACCGCUACCGAGGCAGCAAACAACUCCGCCGUCGAUGGGUUUGCGGGCUCGGCCGGACAGUUUCCCCGCUACUCCUCUGCCACGAUCGAACUCCCGGGUGGUGUGCAGGUCCGGCAGGUUGUUUGCGCCGAGCAUACCGUUUAUCUACUCGCCACCACGGGGCAGGUGUUCUCGGUGCCUCACCUGAUGACGAACUGCACAGUGACGGAGAACAGUGCCCCCAAGCCGGUUGAAGCGCUGGACGCGUUCAACAUAAUUCAACUGGCGGCACACUGCGAAGGAAGGCACGUCCUAGCACUCUCCGCUAGUGGUGAUGUCUUCUCGUGGGGCAAUGGAGAAGGUGGUCGCCUUGGGCACGGAGAUACGAUCGCGAAAGAACAACCCACUCGAGUAACGGCACUCGCCGAGCGCCAGGUGACUGGAGUUUUUUGUGGUGCAUCCUAUAGCGCGGCCAUAACCGCUAACGGCGAACUGUUCACUUGGGGCCGCGGAACAUACGGACGCCUCGGACAUGGCAAUUCGGAAGAUAAACACGUUCCCACGCAGGUGACAGCGUUAAAGUCCCACCGUGUGGUUCAUGUGGCACUCGGGUGUGGAGACGCGCAUUCUCUCUGCGUCACGGAUACGGGGGACGUGUUCGCGUGGGGAGAUGGUGACUUCGGAAAGCUCGGAAAUAGUUCCUGCAACGGAUCAUCGAUUCCGAUCCAAAUUGAGCUGCCCCAAGCGGCUGCCGUGAAGGUAUUUUCCGGGUCUCAGUUCAGCAUCGCUCUCAGUCGAGACGGAACGGUGUACAGCUGGGGAAAGGGCCACGGUGGAAGGCUCGGUCAUGGGCACUCCGAACACUGUCCGUCGCCCAAGAUGGUACAGGCACUCGAGGGAAAGAAGGUGGUCGAUCUUGCCGUUGGACUGGCGCACUGCUUGGCCCUAACCGCUUCCGGAGAACUCUACGGUUGGGGCCGCAACGACUUCCAGCAGAUCUGCCCUGGCUGUGUCUCGAGAGAUCCCAUCAUCCUGACGCCGAUAUUAACGACGCCACCAACACUACGCAUCGCAGGGAUCGCGGCCGGUGCAGCCCAAACCAUCGUCUGGUGUCACUCUUCGACGCUGGGCAUCCCCACCAAGAUCCCGUUCGUGGUAGAUCUCAGCGAGCACACGUUCCGGCUGCUUGAUCAGCUACUCUGCAUGGUAUGCGCAUCGCAGAGCGUUUCCGGCGCAGACGCAUCCCGCCAUCCACCGAGCCAGGAAGCGGAAUGUAUUGCAGUGGCUUCGUUGAAUCUGCUGCGACUCCAACUGCACGCGAUGAUCAUGAACAACGUUCACCCUCGGCAGGUUGGGCUGGUAGAAGGGUCGCGAUUGCUCGCCAGCCUGAAAACACGCAUCCUCAACCUGGCCGGAGGUCCUGUGGUGCUUAAAACGAUGCAAGAAGCCGCCCAAUGGACGCUGCAGGUUGGCUGGAGUAUAAUACUUCCCACGGCAUCGGAGCGGGCCCAAACGCUCACCUCACUGCUUCCGUCGGGACAUGAUGGCGGAGGACCCGGGGUCGCCUCAUCGGCUGGACACCGUUUCAUGACGGAUCUGCUCGUUGGCUCGCUGAUGGCCGAAGGUGGUCUUCAGACGGCGCUCAAUCAGGCCAUCAAUCACCACCAGCAUCAGCAACGGUUGCAGGACUCCGGAAGUGGGACGCAUCUAUCUUUGCUGCACCUUCUCAAACAACUGCUUCGCAACAAUUCCAGCCUCACCCAGGCCCGGCUCGGUCAGCUGAUGCUGGGACCGUACCUGAAACCGGAUGAAGGUUUUUCCUCCCCUGAACCACCGUCCCCGAGUUUGGAUUUGCUGCACAAGUUCCAACGGUUGCUCCUUUCGUACCUUUGCACCUCCAAAGCGGGGGACGAGCUGGGCGGUGGGGGCGCGGAAGCACUGCUGUACACCUACAUUGGACAGCUGGUCGGGCCGUGCGUGACCACCCUCAACAAAGCGUACGAAACGAUCAUCCAAGGCAAGGACGGGGUGGCGGAAAUCAUCAGCAACGACAUUUCCGACACGCUGCUACACGAACUGAUCGUCGGGAUGGUGUUGAUCCAGCAGGAAAAACCACUCCUGCUGUCGAACUUCGAUUGGAACCGGCACUUUAUUCCGCUGCUGAACGCGCUGGACAACUUCAACCGGCUGACGCAGGAGGGUGAACUGCAGGACACGGACGAUAUGGGCUGGCCGGGUAUUAUCUGUCGCGGCACGGCCAAAGCGAUGCCCGUGCAGGAGGAAGCGGUACUCAUACGGCGCAGUGACAUCGACAACCACAUUCGCGACGGUGGCAACUGGGCCAUCAUCAACGGGAACGUGUACGACGUGAAGGACUACCAGCCCGAAAAUCCGCUCACGCAAGAGCUGCUGCAGACGAACGCCGGUCGGGACAUUUCGCUGGAGAUCGGAAAUCCGCAGCAUCGGGCGGCGUUUGAGUUCAUUACAUCGUACCUGCGCGUCGGUCGGUACGCGGUCAGCGAGAUGACCGAAAGUGGAGCGAACCCUCGACCAAUGGUCACGCUGACACACUUUCACUCGGAGUGCGUGUUGGGCUACCUGUUGGGUUUGCGGGCAAGUAUUCUGCAGGUCGGAUCUCCCUUGCAACCGGCGGAACUGCAGUGUCUCAAUCUGCUGAACUCACACGUCCUCAGCGGAGGCCUGCAGGUGCUGCAACCAUCGAAUCCGUUCGACGAAGAAAAAGGAGAAGCUCGAAGCAGUGGUUCAACGGCGGGAAGUACACCGACUGACGCCUCCUCGCACCACCGACCCAUCGUCGACGGUUUGCCCUCGUUGGUAAGCUGGCCGCUAGCACUGAUUUCUCAGCGCGUGGACACCCUGUUGGCGAACUUGGGUGACGGUAAAAUCACCGAUCCGCUCGUUUCCUCGUGGAUUGCCAUUUGCGAGCGCUACUGCAAGGAACAUCAUCUCAUCUGGCAUCAGGAGUUCCCGCCGGAGCACCCGGUGGUCGAACUGGAACGGCUGCUCAUGGCCGUACUAAUUCGCCAUCAAGCCCUGGGACCACUGGCACUAGCCGUCGUGGACCGGGAGUUGAACGGGAUCGGUUCGAAACCGCCCCAACCGAUCGUAACCAUCAUCCGCACGGUGCACCAGACCAAGUGGGCGAUCGUGAAAAUGCGCCAGCAGCUAAACCGCAGCUACAAGGAAGUGUGCGCAUCCAUGAUCGACAAAUGUCGCUUUCUGCUGUACGAAAUCCGACCGGCGAUCAGUCUGGAGCAGCACGGACUGGCACGGCUACACAUUUUACAUCGCAUGCCCCGCUUCCAGUCGCUCGUACGACGCAUCAUCGCUGACAUGCGGGCAGCCAAACGGCAGCUACAGCUCCCGUGCGCCAAACCGGAAGACAUCGUGAACGUCACCAUCCAAAGUCAGUUCACGCACACCGGAAAAAUUCAAUCCCAAGAGAGUCUGCUGACGAGCAGCAUGAAACACAACCUCCAACAGCAGCAAGGAGUUGGGGCACUAUCUUCGGAAAAUCUAGUCAACGAAAGUAUUAUCAAGGUGGGCAGCCUGGAGAGCCUCACCUCGGGGAAUGUGCAAAGGGAUCGACCGUGCGAUCGAUCCGCCUCGCCAGUGAUUCUUCUCGGUAACGUUUCCGUGGUGAAGGUUGUCAGCUCUUCAAACGAAAACCUUCUCGAAAGUGGCACCAUUGAUGGAGGAGGAGGAGGAGUACCCAUGAUCCAUACCAACUCGCAACUCGGCGCCGGAGAUAAUGCCGCCGAGCCGAACACAAAGAAGCAAAUCACCUUCAACAACAACAACAACAACAAUGACGACCAAAGCAAAACCCCAACAAACGAAAUGAUCGAGUUUGUCGAGGGUGGCGGUGGAGGAGGAGGUGGAGCAAAGACGGCCAAGACCGCGGCACAUGAUGGGGACGACUUCAUCAACAAUGUCAUCGCGAACUUGAGUGAAAAGUGCCUCCUGGAAUCGUACCCGGAGUUCAAGAACGGCAUCAGCCAGCAGAUUGUCGAUUUCAUCCUGCACGACCAGUGCGACGUGGAAACGCUCCGCAGGGCGAUGUACUGCCAGAUACAGCGCUACCAGAUACGCCGCCAGGGUUUGGAAAUGUUCUACGAGCUGCUCCGUACGCCGGGCCUUUUCGAUGCGGUGCAGUACAGUCUGUUCAACGGGUUUCUCGGGUUACACGUCCGGCAAGCAGCAAGUGUUACGAUGGAUCAUCUAGCGGCGGCGGCGGCUGGUGGCGCAGAUGGCAGUAUCCCGAUGCAGCACCAACAACAACGGCAACAGCGUGGUGCCGAACAUGUCCUGGACAAUCUGAACAUGAUAACCGCCUACCAAAAGGCGGAUCUACUGAUCGCGCAAGCGAAGAUCCUCGAGUGGACCGUCGGCGAGCUGCAGAAGUACGUGAAUCAGGACAAAAUCAACGGACGCCACCGUACGCACGGCGAAAAGGACAACUCGAACUUGGGCACCUACGUGUUCCUGAAGAAGCUACCGAGGGCCCGCUUUUUGCUGAGCAUUUUCGGCAUCCUUUCGCGAACGUACGAGGCGAAUGAGCUAAGUUUGCUGAUAAAUUCCGGAAUUCUCGGUAGUAUCAUGGGCUUGCUGCGUCAAACCGGUGCCGAUAUGCCGAGCAGUAAGAACACAUCCGACACGUCCGUUAUUUAUGAGGAUGUCGUAACAAAUUUAAAAUCGUCCAAAGAAGGCUUCUCGGGUCCAGAACUAUCGAAGUUUAUGAAAAUAGGCACACGAAUUGCACGCGGUGCCGAUUGGAAAUGGGGUGAGCAAGAUGGACCGGGUGGAGAGGGACGAAUCAUAAGUGAAAUUGGGGAGGAUGGAUGGGUUCGUGUGGAAUGGGAUAAUGGGUCCACCAAUUCGUACCGUAUGGGCAAAGAGGGAAAGUACGAUCUCCGGCUUGCGGACAGCGCCUUGAAAGCCCUCUCGCCGGACAAAGAUAGCGAGCGGGACGACUUUAUCGAUCACUCGCUGGCGAACGAGUCACAUCCGACCAAACUGCUCCGGAAUGUGUGCAUCAAAACGCUACAGAUGCUGUUCGCCUCGGUUGGCCUACACGCGGAACGGAUGGAACAGAAUGCGCUCCGUGCCGUUGCUUCCAUGUUCCGCACGAUGCUACAGCAGAACGAAGCCCUUCCGCGCGUGACCUCCUCCUCUGCCGCCGCCAGCUCCAACCAUUACAACAGCUUUGGCCUGGAGCAGUGGACCGUGCUUGGGUUUCUUCGUGCCAUCUCAUCGUCACCCGCCCUCUCCCGGCAGCUUACCACUCCGAAUUGGAUUACGCUGGCAUUCGAAAUCCUCAACUCACCGAUCGCGAGCAAAAAGGAUGUCUACAAGAAGCUGCACUGUCUGCGGUUGCUGCAAUCGACGCUCGUGAAUUGGGGUCAGGAGGAGCGCCCACGCGUGGAUGGCAUCGUGAGUCGACUGUUCGAUGUGCUGGGACGCAUCUCGUUGACCUGCCCGAACGAUUCGUCACUCCUGUCCGGGUCGAUCGACACAAAGUCGCGCGUUCUGUAUAGCGCGUCCCACAGUGGAACGGUAGCGGAGGAGAUGGUCGUUCUGAUACGGAAGCUGCACACACUGCCGCUGUGGAACGAGAGUAUCAAUUCGUUCAUCCAGCAGAAGCUGUGCCUCACGGCGGACAUUUUCCUCGUGAACGAACUGGACGGCAUCACGGAGGGUGACAAGCGGGCCAUCAUAGGCACGCUUGGGACGAUCGGUGGUUGCGAUUCGAGGCCUCGCAUCGGCCUAAAUCUCACGCUCGAUGGUGUACGGGGAACGAUUUCGCGCAUGACCAAAAAAGGCAAAGUAGUGAUGAACGUACACGGUGCGGCGGAGACCAAGAAAAUUCCCAUCUUCAAGGUGGCCGAGUGUGCCGACGUCGGAGCGUUCAGCCUGUCGAAGGUAACGAUCAGCGAGAUGCUACUCAAUUCCUGGUCCGUGAUGUUUUACGGCGUCGGCCAGACGGUGCCCCUUAACGGUGCCGGUGGCCCCGGUGGUGCGGCAAUUUGCGCAGCAUUGCUUCAGGGUCAACAGAUCAACUUUGCCACCCUGAAGGCAACCAAAGUGUUGUUCCGCAAUCAGAGUCUUUUGCGGCGCAUCCUCCGCCAGCGUUCGCCCGGCUUGGCGAAGAGCGCAUCGAGGGAGAGUGUAUCGUUCGAACGGGAUGACACGAGUCCGGAGAUGGAAGAUGGAAAACCUCGCAGUGAAUCGAACGCAUCGGAUGAGUCGCAAGCAUACAGCACGGCUGCGGAGUUGCUAAUACAGACGAUUCUGCUGAGAGCCACCCAGCCGAGCCCACUGAAAGCGUGCUACACCUAUCAGGAGAUGGAACUGGCCGCGCUGAACAUAUCGCAAAUGCUGGCCAGUCACGUCCACUGCACCGCUGUAGCGGAUGGCCCGAGACACCCGCGUCCGUUGCCACUGGGACAACCGACCAUGAUCCACGGGGUUCCGAUCUACAACAACGAAGCUUCAUCGCUGGCAAGUGAACUGCCCGGAACGCCCGCCGGUACCGCUGCUGGGACGGACACCGCUGGCACGAGUCGUAGUGGACGCAGCCGGGGCUUACCAGCACCCACUCCACUCGUUUCUCAGAUCAUGGAAAUGGGAUUCACCCGUAAAUCGGUCGAGUUGGCCUUCAAGAGCCUAAUGCAUCAGAACGAGCACGCCUGCCCCACGGCCGAGCAAAUCAUCCAGUGGAUCCUGGAACAUCCGGACGUCACAGCUGGCCUUGGUGGAGGUAAAUCGGGAGGUGAUCACCUAGAGCACGAUCUAGUGGAUCAUCGCGGGCAGAGCGACACGGAGAGCGUGAGUUCGGAUACGAUGGAAGGUUCGUCGCAGCACGACUACCAUCACCAGCAAGGCACGGCUUAUAAGUCGCGGGAAGAUUUCAAAUCGGCUGACCAGUACGCCAUGUACGUGCGGGGAAUUAUAGCGCCGGGGAUGCUCGUACGCUGCUGUCAGGAUUUCGAGGAAAUUCGCAAAGGUGACAUUGGCACGGUACAGAAGGUGGAACCGGAAGGACUGCACGAUUUGAACGUGCGCGUCAACUGGCAGAUUCACGAUCGGCCGUACUGGAUGUGCUUCGUGCAUCUGGAGAUGCUCGAACCGCCGACGGCAACGGAAGCAUCCGGAGGAAUUAUAUUGGGUUCGCAGGUACGUCUGCUGCAAAGCUACCACCAUCCGUUUCCAUCGUUUGCGGUGUCUCGCGAGAGCACGGGCAUUGUGACCACGCUGAACGGCACCGAUGUGACGGUGGAGUUCCCCGAGCAAACGCUCUGGGAAGGAAGCAUUAGCGAGCUGGAGUUAAUUUCGAACCCCGAUGGUUACGGUACGUCGGCGGGCGGCCCAGGUGCUGGUUCCUCAUCCGGUGGUGGUCCCGGUGUGUUCGACAUCAUCGACGAUUGGUCACGCUGUAUUCGCUCGCUGUCGGUGUCCUCGAACGAAGCGUCCGCCAAGUAUCUGCUCGAUCGUAGUGCCAACAACUACUGGCAGAGUACGAGCACGGCGGCAUCGCAGGGAAAGCAUUGGAUUCGGUUGAAGCUGCACGAACAGGUGCUGGUGCAAUCGCUAGCGAUCGUCGUCGAUCCGGACGAUUACUCCCACAUGCCCUCGCUGGUGGUGGUGCGCGUUGGAUGCUCGCAGGUGACACUGAAGGACCUCUGCUGGGUUUCGAUCAGCCCGACCGACGUGACCGUCCCGCUGCUCACCGACUGCAAGCAGUACUAUCGGUGGAUCGAGAUUCGCAUCAAACAGUGUCGCAACAAUGGCAUUCAGUGCAAGGUGCACGGGCUGUCGAUUGUCGGUAAACGCAAGCAGACCGACCUGGACGCGAUGCUGCAAGGGGCGGGUUUUCUCGCUUCCGAAAACGAGACGAUUGCCGAACCGAGCUAUUCCACCUCGUCGAAUUACGUGGACGAACCGGCCUCGUUGAACGACGAGGCCUCCUCGAAGGUGCUCGUGUGGGGUUUGAACGACAAAGAGCAGCUCGGUGGGCUGAAAGGGUCGAAGGUGAAGCUACCGACGUACUCGUCGGUGUUGAGCCAGCUGAAACCGAUACACAUAGCGGGCGGCUCGAAGUCGCUGUUCAUCGUAUCGCAGGACGGAAAGCUGUACGCGUGCGGCGAAGGCACGAAUGGACGGCUCGGCCUGGGGCACAACAAUAACGUGCCCACACCGAAGCAAGUACCGAUACUCAGCCAGUACGUGGUGAAGAAGGUGGCCGUACAUUCGGGCGGCAAGCACGCGAUGGCCCUUACGCUCGAUGGGAAGGUAUUUUCCUGGGGCGAGGGUGAAGAUGGAAAGCUGGGCCACGGCAAUCGGCUCACGCUCGAGAAACCGAAGCUCAUCGAGACGUUGCGAACAAAGCGCAUCCGCGAUAUCGCGUGCGGAUCGAGCCACAGUGCGGCCAUUACGAGCUCGGGCGAGCUGUACACCUGGGGCUUGGGAGAGUACGGACGGCUGGGACACGGGGACAACUGUACGCAGCUGAAACCGAAGCACGUGACCGCGCUGCAGGAGCAUCGGGUCGUACAGGUUGCUUGCGGAAGUCGGGACGCUCAGACACUCUGCCUGACCGAGGAGGGGCUCGUGUUUUCCUGGGGUGACGGUGAUUUUGGCAAACUGGGUCGCGGUGGCUCGGAAGGAUGCUCCAUCCCGCAUCAGGUGGACCGUUUGAACGGCGUGGGAGUGAUGCAGAUCGAAUGCGGUGCGCAGUUCAGCCUUGCGCUCACGAAAUCCGGCGAAGUGUGGACCUGGGGCAAAGGGGACUACUAUCGCCUCGGACACGGUACGGAUCAGCACGUGCGCAAACCAACCCCUAUCGGGGGUCUGCGUGGGAAGAAGGUGAUUCACGUAGCCGUAGGGGCGCUGCAUUGCCUCGCCGUGACGGACAGUGGGCAAGUGUACGCCUGGGGUGACAACGACCACGGCCAGCAGGGAUCCGGCAAUACGAUCGUGAACAAAAAGCCGAGCCUCGUCCUCGGGCUAGAUGGUAUCUUUGUGAACCGUGUUGCCUGUGGCAGUUCCCACUCGGUGGCUUGGAGUUUACCACAGAACCAAUCGGAAAAGGAUAAAAAGGAACCGGUCCCGUUCGCUGUGGCCAAGGACCCACUCGGAAGCCACAGUCUAGGGAUUUACGCGUCCGAUACGGAGGCGACUACUUCGUCACCCCUCCCGGCGGCAAGCAGUAGCAAACAGCAGCGUCCCUCCCUGUCCGAGAUUGUGCUCUCGCUGGAAACGGCCAGCGCUAGACAGGCGGCACUGUCGCACAUCCUCAACGCCAUGAGCAUCCUCCAUGCACGCGCCUGCAUCAUCGCCGCCCUCACGUGCCACUCGCUAGUCAACACGGCUGAUAAGUUAGGGCCAGACGGCGCGAGCGUCGGCCUGCAGCCCGUCUCACCCAUCUCGGAAGCGGACGAAGCGGGAGCGAAAACGGUCGCCGAGAGUACGUUGGCGCAGCAAAACGAAACCAUCGCCCAGGGCGGUGGCGAAGGGCCAGCCGAUAUGGCCGGUUUAACGGUGGCGACGGCCGAUUUCAUUGAUUCCGCGGACAUUCCAAUAAUCUCCGGCAUGAACAAUACCCUCGGAGCAUACCGCAGCCUGACCGGCUCGCUGUCACUAUCUGCAUCACUAUCCAGCUGCAAUGCGACCCAGCGACACUCGAAAAUGUCUGCUAGUGCGAUGUCGGUUAUGGCGGCCACCAUGACCCAUCACGAUGAGAUUAUGAACGAAGCGAAUGCAAGCAAUUUGGAUGACUUUACCUCACUGCUUGGGGAACCGGAAGCGAAACAUCUGAUUGAGCUGCUCAAAUUGAGUGUUUUCGGUCGUACCGGACCAUCCAGCACGUCCGAAACGAUAGCCACCACGUUGAUCGCGUUGGCCAAGUCGAACACAAACAUCGCGAACAUGCUGAUUGAAACGUGCAUCACGGAGCUGGAAGAUUUGUGCACGUCACGGCAUUCGUUGGGAAAGCUUCCGAAGCCGGUCGUGCAGGAGACGAGCCAUCCUUACAUCGAUGAUAUAAUACUUGUCGGACACGUGAAAAUUCCCGGCGCCGAAUCGCUUCGCAUCGAGUUCGACAGUCAAUGUUCGACCGAACGCCGUAACGACCCGUUAAUCAUCAUUGACGACUCGGGUAACGUGGUAGCGACGCGCUCGGGACGCGAAUACGCUCAAUGGGCUCAAGAAAUACGGGUUCCGGGUGACGAGAUACGUUGGAAGUUUACGAGCGACAAUUCGGUCAACGGGUGGGGAUGGCGCUUCUACGUGCAUGCCAUUAUGCCCGAAUCGUACCUCCAGGAGCUCGGAUCCGAUCGUACCGUCCUAUCGCAACCUUCGAUUGCCCUCGUGAUGGCCCUGCUCGAUUCCCUACCCGUCCCAAGUGCAAACACAAGUGUACUGAUCCGUCUAACAUCGGCCUUGUCGCAGUGUGCACAGCUAAGUUCGCUUACCGUGGCACAAAGAAUUUGGUCACUGAAAAAAAUGCACCAACUGCUGUGCAAUAGUGGAGCUGCCCUUUCGAAGGACGGUUCGAGGGCCACGGAUGCGGCCGUAGUGGAGAUAUUGACCCCGCUGGUGCCGAUAAUUUUGCGUCAGUACGAGUACGAAGAGCCGCAGGUACGCAGUGGCAUUCAUCUGAUGCACUCGGAGUACUUUAAAACGUUGGUUGCGUUGGCGUGUGAUAUGCACAUGGAUACGCUGCUGCUGCCACAGGCCGAUCCGCACCGAUGGGCUUGGUUCCGGCGGUACUGUGCAGCGGUACGCGUCGCACAGGCGCUCAUCCGUCGCACGAACCUUCCUCCAUCGUUCUGCUUCGAGGUGCGGAAAAAGCUGGCCGAAAUCGCCUCACCAGCGGCACCGGCAACUACCGCCUCCAUCGUCAGCAGCAGCAACAGCACCAGUCAAGGGGACUACAUGUCGCUAAUACAACACACAUCCAGCCACUCGAGUUUGCUAAGCCAGCAUCCGUUGGUGUUUGAGUUGAGCAGCACCGUGGGAAGCUCGAGUGGGAGCACCAGCAGUAGCAGCACCACCGGAACGACCACAAUCACCGCUGGAAGCAGCGGAAGCAGCGGGCUGGCAAUCGAUUCUUCCGUCCCCGCAAGCGUCGUCCCUGAAGUGCUGAAGUAUCUGCACGAAGAUCACGGAUAUUUUACGCCCCAAUACGACUCGCAGCUGCUGCAAUGGUUCAACCGACGGCCGGAAGAUUGGGCCUUUUCGUGGGGUGGUGCAAGUACCAUCUUCGGCUGGGGACACAAUCACCGGGGCCAGCUGGGUGGCUUGGAUGGGAGUCGCAUCAAGAUACCGACACCCUGCGAGGCGUUGAGUUUGCUGCGACCGGUUCAGAUCGCCGGUGGAGAACAGACACUGUACGCCGUCACACCGGAUGGGAAGCUGUACGCCACAGGAUACGGUGCCGGUGGACGGCUUGGAGUUGGGGGAACCGAUUCCGUCACGACGCCAACGCUCGUUGAAUCGCUUCAGCACGUCAUGAUCAAGAAGGUGGCGGUUAACUCAGGGGGCAAGCACUGCCUAGCGCUGUCCUCCGAUGGGGAAGUGUUCUCGUGGGGCGAAGGAGAGGAUGGCAAGCUGGGCCACGGCAAUCGCGAUAGCUACGACCGGCCCAAGCUGAUCGAAGCCCUCUCCGGGAUCGGUGUGAUCGAUAUCGCGUGUGGAAGUGCCCAUUCGGCUUGCAUCACCUCGCAAGGGCAUGUGCUGACGUGGGGCAAGGGACGCUACGGGCGACUGGGUCACGGUGAUUCGGAGGAUCAGCUGCAGCCCAAGUUGGUGGAAGCGUUGCUCGGCUAUCGGGCGAUCGAUAUCGCUUGCGGAUCGGGUGACGCUCAGACGCUCUGCAUCACCGACGACGAUAACGUGUGGAGCUGGGGCGACGGAGACUAUGGCAAGCUGGGUCGGGGCGGCUCCGAUGGGUGCAAGGCGCCGAUGAAGAUCGAAAGCCUCGCCGGACUGGGUGUAACGAAGGUGGAAUGUGGAUCACAGUUUUCGGUGGCCCUAACGCGGUCCGGCGCCGUGUAUACGUGGGGAAAAGGUGACUACCAUCGGCUGGGACACGGCAACACCGACCACGUGAGGCGUCCGAAAAAGGUAGCGGCACUGCAGGGCAAGAAGAUCAUCUCGAUCGCGACCGGGUCGCUGCACUGUGUCGCUUGCAGUGACGGUGGAGAGGUGUUCACGUGGGGCGACAACGACGAAGGGCAGCUUGGUGAUGGGACGGUGAGUGCCAUCCAGCGCCCUCGGUUGGUACAAUCACUGCAGGGCAAGCACAUCGUGAAGGUAAUAUGUGGAUCCGCUCACACGCUCGCCCUCUCGACGUACCAGCUUAGCGAAGCGGUACGUCCACCUCCUUCGCCACCGCUCGAGUACGAUCUCGUGCGUGACAUCGCGCCGGAAGUGCUACACGCCCGGCUCGUCCUAUUGCAUCAUUUCUCCGAGCUUCUUUGCCCAUGCCUGGCGAUGCUUCCCAUCGCGGGCAGCCUUUCGCUGGCGUCGCUAAAGGAUGUGCUCGUGUACUCGAUCAAGGAGACCGGCUUCCGGAAGGUAAUCCAGACGACAAUGGUUCGCGACAAACCGCAUGGCCCCGUCAUCGAGCUGAACCGAAUUCAGGUGAAGCGAUCGCGAAUGCGCUCCGGCAACGGACUCGCCGGAGUGGAUGGGAUGAAGAGUGUGUUCGGUCAAAUGGUUCAAAAGUUGCCGCUGCUAACGCAGGAAGCGCUUUCGAUGCCGCACCGCAUCUGGAAGGUGAAGUUUGUCGGUGAAAGUGUGGACGACUGUGGUGGAGGUUUCAGUGAGUCGAUCGCGGAAAUGUGCGACGAGCUGCAGAAUGGCAGUGUUCCGCUGCUGAUCCAGACACCGAAUGGUCGCGGGGAGGCGGGUGCGAAUAGAGAUUGUUUCUUGCUCGAUCCGAUGCUAACGUCCGUGCUGCAUAUGAACAUGUUCCGGUUUUUGGGUGUUCUGAUGGGAAUUGCCGUAAGGACUGGAUCACCAUUGAGUCUUAACCUUGCCGAACCAGUGUGGCGUCAAUUAUGCGGUGAAACUCUACGCCCGUCCGAUUUGACAGAGGUCGACCGAGACUACAUUACUGGCCUGCUGUAUAUUCGCGAUGUAGAAAGUGACCCGAAGGUGUUCGCUUCGAUUGAGCUGCCUUUCUCCACUCCUUCCGCCAAGGGUCACGAAGUUCCACUGUCCACUAAGUACACCAAAAUAACGCCCGAAAAUCGCAACGAAUAUGUUAAGCUAGCGCUCAACUAUCGCAUCCACGAGUUUGACGAGCAGGUCAAGGCGGUACGCGACGGCAUGUCGAAGGUGAUACCGGUACCGCUGCUAUCGCUCUUUUCCGCCUCGGAGCUGCAGGCGAUGGUGUGCGGUUCACCGGACAUUCCACUCUGCCUGCUAAAGACGGUGGCCACGUACAAGGGUGUCGAAUCGACCGCCCCGCUCGUGCAGUGGUUCUGGGAGGUGAUGGAAGAGUUCACCAACCAGGAGCGCUCGCUGUUCCUUCGCUUCGUGUGGGGCCGCACGAGGCUCCCGCGUACGAUCGCCGACUUUCGAGGGCGCGACUUCGUGCUCCAGGUGCUAGACAAGUACAACCCGCCCGAUCACUUCCUGCCGGAGAGCUAUACCUGCUUUUUCCUACUGAAGAUGCCGCGUUACUCCUGCAAGUCCGUUCUACAAGAGAAACUCAAGUAUGCAAUCUACUUCUGCAAAAGCAUCGACACGGAUGAGUACGCCCGGGUGGCGAUGGGCGACCCGACGGAAGCGACCGGCAGUGAGGAUAAUAGUGAUAUCGAAUCGGUGCUGUUUUAAGCCGGAUGUACUAUUCCAACCGGUACACCGCAACCUUAUGGUAAUAUAUAUAUAUGAAGUACGUGCAGCGUGUCGUGAGCACACACACACACCGUGCCUCACUCAUCUCCUAGGAGCUUAAUUGACUGACUCUCUACAUUGUUGACUGAAUGAUGCGCAUUUUUUGAAGCGGAAAACUGUUUCUUAUUUUUCCUCCCAUUUUCAUCAUCUAAUUUUCACGAAAUUGCAUACUAUUCUAUUCUCAAGUGGUGCAAAAAAGAGAAUGCUUUUUGAAUCUACGAUCAAUGGUUCCAAACUUUGCAAACACCCUACGUAACACACCCUUUCUUGCGUAAAUAAUAAUGCGCGUGUAUUAACAUUCCCAAAAUUAUGCUUGUUUGAGGCAGAUAAAAUAAAAGGAUCAUUAAAUGGAGAAAAUUGAAGAUCCGAGUAACCGGCGAGCAUAUAAAUACGCUGUAGUGGGGGAAAAUGGAGAGAUAUAAUUGGUAAGAGAAAGGGUAAUGCGAUUGAGCGCGGUUAGAUUUGUUAAUGCAAUUGAGAAUUUAUCGGAAGCCGGUAGGAGAUGAUAAAAAGAGUCGAUGAUAAAAUAGGGGGAAGAGACAAGUAGGCGUACAUAUUUUGGUUUUGCAAAUAGCAAAAAGUUGCUAAACAAAUGUAGACACUUAGAUGGAAGAAAUAGUACUAGAGAUAGCGAAUAUAGCUGCCAGUAAGUUCCUUUUCUACUGUGAAAGCAAAGCUCUGAUUAUGAUUGAAGUUGCAGAUUAGACGUAAUUAGAGCGCAAGUUUCGCUUUGUAUGCAUCUGUAAGCAUCUGUCCCUGUAUGUUCAUGUUUCAUUUUUUUCAUUCAGUCUAACAAUUGUGUUUCAUUUUUAUCUUUUCUUAAUUAAAGCCUAUAGUGUGUUUUUUUUUCGGUGUCUUAACUCAAGUAAAAGGUUUCCUUAGUUUCUCUUAUUCAAUUUGAUUUUAUAGUAUGGUUCAAACUUUCUCGUCAGUUGAGUAUUGGAGCUUGCUUUCAUGCAAUCCGUUCCAGGUUGGUAAAGUAGAAUUGUUGUUCGGGAAGGGUGUCACUCGCGAGACCAUCUGAACUACAGACCCGUCCGCUCUAUGUUCACUGGAUAGUGUUAAUGCGUAAAAUAGUUAUGCUCCCGUGCGCGUCUCGGCACCGUAUCAGUUCUACAAGGUUGCAAGCGUAGUACACAGCACAGUAAUAACAUAUUAACAUGGGGCGCUCAGCAAACAUAGGUUGCACCCAAUUAAAAUUAACAAGCUUAACCAAAUGAAAUCAAUAACAUUAGAAACAUCAGUGCGACAUCAAUGAAUUAUUGGCAGCAAAACGAUUGUUCAACUAGGCAGACACUUGCUUACUGGAAAUGGAACUAGCCACGCAAAGAAAACUAGCACGUAUUAGAGGAACCAACCAAAACUGCCGAUGGAUAAAAUUGAUAAAAGGUUAUUGUCGAAGAAAAGGCAUCUUAGCACGUAUUUUUGGUGUAGGCGUUCAUCAGCGGGUUGGAAUUAUUUAUUUUAUUUAUUUAUUACCAUCCAUCCCCCCCCGGUGUGUUGUAGUCAUUGAUGAGCGUAGCAGCACUUCCUCUUCCCAUAGUAUUCAUUCAGAUUAGAAAGUUAGGAAAGACGAGAAGAUAGAAAUGAUCUUAUCCAACUGCUUAAAUAUCUCUUGUGGCUGCGAAAAUGCGAUCUUUGUCGUCUAUUUGUCCAGAGCAGCCUGUAACAAAGAUGUAUUAUUUGGCAGUAGCGGCGGCUUGUUCGCUCUUUAUGCUCUGGAAAAGAGAAACUAAUAUAAAACAACGUUUGCGCAUCUGCCUCUAAUAUGGUACGUUUCUUCCCACUGCACAGCACUGUGAUUGAUGUUAUUUUUAUGUUCGUGUGUAUUUGUUUUACUUUAAGACCACUUUUACUUCCGAUCCUAACCUGCCGAUUUAUACUAAGGGAAGUAAUGGGCCAGACAUUGAUUGGAUACUAAAGCUUAUACCGACAGUUGAAGGAUAACAAAUCCAAAUAAACUAAAACGAAAUCUCAGAAUAAACAA